CCCAUCCCCUGACCCCUGCAAAGGCAGGCACAGCUGGUUCAUGCAGCCCGCCCCUGUCACAGGGAUCCCAAGGCCUUUGAGACUCAGCGAGCUAGACUAAUACUUUUCAUUUUCCUGUAGUUUACAAAACAAAUGAAAACAAAACCUGCUAUUUAAAACUGCCUAAAAUGACGUCAUGACGCACUAGGACUCACCCCUAUAGUUUGCAAGCGCCCUGUCUCUGUGCCAUCCCAAGGGGCGGAGGAUUUGUCCUCUCAGGGAGGAAAGAGCUACAGGGUGGGUGGUGUGGGCAGCGGUUGGGCACUGGGUGCUGGGGUGGCAGAUGGCAUUUUCUCAAAAUGAUCGGAGCCGUAUUUCUCACCCCACAUGUCUUCUAGAAUCCCCCACUCCGAGCAAGACACUCCCACCUGAUUCCUUCUGCUUGAAGCUGGGCAAGGGGUGUGGCUGCUCUGCCCCAUAGCAUGUGCCCAAAGGGGUGAUCUGCGACUUCCAAGGCUGGGUCAUAAGGAGGACCCAGCUGCCUCUGAGAAGGCGUCCCUGGAGCCAAGGCGCCCUGGGUGAGGAAGCCCCAGGUGCUCGAGUUGCCCCCUGCUGGGUGGCAUGUGGAGCCAAGGUGGUGUAGCUGCAGAUUCAUGAGCAAAACAGGGGGAAAAGACAGCGGACCCCUCAUCUCCAAGCAGAUGGAAACAUCUGCAAAACCACUAAUCGGGAAGAUCCUAAAGUUGAGAGUGUAGAAAAACAAGACCAUGAACAGUGGGUGAAGAUGGGCACCUGCUUGUGACAAACGCUCAGCCUUCUGGAUUGAAACAGAAGCGACACAGAGCGGUACAUGCAGGUUCGUGUAUCUCCAAACCAACAGGGAAGGAAUCUUCGAAGGUGGGCCAGAUAAGGUCAGGCUCAGGGGCUGAGUUUCAGCCCAAAUUUGAAUCUAAACUGCAUAAUUCCUCGCUCCCUCCUUCACUGAAGGCAUCUGUGCGGAGCACCUGGGCUAGGUCCUGUUCUCCACACCGUAGGCGCCCAAGAAGAAAGGGAAAGGCAGAGGUACCCCGGUCGUGGACGGGCUCGCUCCGGAGGACAUGAACAAGGAGCAGGUGGAGGGGCAUAUUGCCCGCAUCCGGGAGGAGCUGGACCGAGAGCGGGAGGAGCGCAACUAUUUCCAGCUGGAGCGGGACAAGAUCCACACCUUCUGGGAGAUCACGCGGAGGCAGCUGGAGGAGAAGAAGGCUGAGCUGCGGAACAAAGACCGGGAGAUGGAGGAGGCCGAGGAGAGGCACCAAGUGGAGAUCAAGGUCUACAAGCAGAAGGUGAAGCACCUGCUGUACGAGCACCAGAACAACCUGACGGAGAUGAAGGCCGAGGGCACUGUGGCCAUGAAGCUGGCCCAGAAGGAGCACCGCACGCAGGAGGGGGUGCUGCGCAAGGACAUGCGGGCGCUGAAGGUGGAGCUCAAGGAGCAGGAGCUGGCCAGCGAGGUGGUGGUGAAGAACCUGCGGCUGAAGCACACUGAGGAGAUCACCAAGAUGCGGAACGACUUUGAAAGGCAAGUGCGAGAAAUUGAGGCCAAGUAUGAUAAGAAGAUGAAGAUGCUCAGGGACGAGCUGGACCUGCGGAGGAAGACCGAGAUCCACGAGGUGGAGGAGAGGAAGAACGGCCAGAUCAGCACGCUGAUGCAGCGGCACGAGGAGGCCUUCACGGACAUGAAGAACUACUACAACGACAUCACCCUCAACAACCUGGCCCUCAUCACCUCCCUCAAGGAGCAGAUGGAGGACAUGCGGAAGAAGGAGGAGCACCUGGAGAAGGAGAUGCAGGAAGUGUCGGCACAGAACCGGCGCCUGGCGGACCCGCUGCAGAAGGCUCGGGAGGAGAUGAACGAGAUGCGGAGGAAGCUGGGCGACCACAAGCGGGACAAGCAAAUCCUGGUGUGCACAAAGGCCCGUCUGAAAGUCACUGAGAAGGACCUCAAGAGCCUGCAGUGGGAGCACGAGGUGCUGGAGCAGCGGUUUGUCCAGCGGGAGAGGGACGAGCUCUACGGGAAGUUCACUGCGGCCAUCCUGGACGUGCAGCAGAAGACAGGCCUCAAGAACUUGGUCCUGGAGCGCAAGCUGCAGGCCCUCGGUGCGGCCGUGGAGAAGAAGGAGCUGCAGCUCAAUGAGGUGCUGGCCGCCUCCAACUUGGACCCCGAGGCCCUGACCCUGGUGUCUCGCAAGCUGGAGGAUGUCCUGGAAUCGAAGAACAGCACCAUCAAGGACCUGCAGUACGAGCUGGCCCGAGUCUGCAAGGCCCACAAUGACCUGCUGCGCACCUACGAGGCGAAGCUCCAGGCCUUCGGGGUCCCCCUGGACAACGUGGGCUUCCAGCCCCUGGAAACAGCUGUGAUGGGGCAGAACCUGGGCCAGGGCCCCGCGGGACUUGUGGCCACCCCAACGUAACCCUGCCCAGGACUCUUCCCUGCACAACACCUGCUUUUAUACACCGUGGGCAGCAGGUGUGUGUGGAUUUGUCAGGUCAGCAAAUGAAGGCUUCUCACGGUCACCGCAUGUCCUGUUGCGUGGCUGUGGCAGAUAAGCUCCAGAGCCACCACAUCCGCCCCUCCCACCUCUGCUGGCCAGUACCAGCCAGGCGCUGCCC